ACAUGUUUGCAGUGAUGCACAAAAUCUAUCCACUCGCAAGCCUCUUACUUUCGUUUUUGAGCUCGACGCCAUUUUGAAGACAUUCGUGUUGACAUAUAGAUCUAGAUCUCUGCUGUGUUUUUAUAGGUGUAUUGUCCCUCGACAUCACUCACAAUCAACCAGGUCAUCAAGCCUGACCCCUGAUUCAUGACGUCGCCUUGUCCGACACGUGACUCAGCGAUGCUUCCUGUUCCUGCUACGGAGGAGAGUGAUGACUUCCAUCCCAUGGAAGGACCCCUGCUUCCCCCCGACCAAGAUCCCCAGACUCCUCCAACCACUGUACAGCAUGGCCACUUCCAGACUUUACAGCUCAGUCUCGAUGACGAGGCGCUGAGUCGUCAUGACCAGAGUCUCCAUCAUUGUCGAUGGCGUGGGGUCAUAUUGGAGAAUCAAACUGUAAUACCACCUGGAGUUGAAAACUUCAACUUGCCUUAUCACGGUAGUGAAAGAUUGGGUCGUCGAAAUGCAGUGACGAGGAGAACAUUGGACAACCACACAAUAAUCUCCAAACAGUAUUCCCGGGCUGACUUCAAGAGAGCUGAAGUGGAACUGGCAAUUACCAGUGGAUGUGGCACUAUGACUGAGAUCAUUGGCGUCAUCUGGAACCACUGUACGGUCCAAAUUUUGCAGAAAUGUUUUAAUGGUGUAACACUGACAGAGCUGCUUAAAACACGACAACGACUGACGGACCUAGAAGUGAAUCUGUUAAACUACAGGCUGUUGCUGUUCUUGAAGAACAUACACAACAAGAGGAUUCUUCAUCGAAAUAUCGACCCUGACCACAUCAUGAUUUCAAGACAGGACCUGCAGAUCUAUGUAGUUGGAUGUAGUGCACUCUGCAAGAUCGACGAUUCUAUACCUGAUUUUUUCGGAACUCUCUACUCCUCUCCUGAGGUUGCACGAGGCGAACAUCAUGACUACAAGACUGAUGUGUUCAGCCUCGGUUGUACCAUGUUGAGUGCUGUGUCGGGGAGAAUACCAUAUUUUGGAACUGACAGACAACAAAUCUACCUGCCUGGAAUUCUACAUCAGAUUGCCAUCGGAGAGUUCCCUGUGGACGAUAUUCUCCGUGACAUGGUAAUUCCAACAUCGCUGAGGGACAUGAUAUCAGACAUGACACAGUAUCCUCAAGAGGAGAGAUUAUCUGUGGAUGAGCUCUUACAGAAAUACUACAGUCACGGAGAACCUCCAUUGGAAAACUGGUAUUACCAUCCACAAGGCACAGCGCCACCUGUUGAUCAGUAUCGCAGAACCCCAGAACCAACAGUUCCAAGGCCACCCGUGUCUGAUGGACCAAGCACAGUGAACUUACCAAGUGCCGAGAUCUUGGAGGGGUCUUCAGACAAUGGAGAAGAGGGAGGAGAAGACGAAGGAGAAGACGAAGGAGUAGUGCUGCCUCCAAAACCUCCCUCAGAUCAUUUAUCGGACAGUGGGAGACAGACUAUAUCUGACGUCUUGUCAGGUCCACCGACUGGAUUGAAUUAUAUUGCGGAGACAGAGGAAAAUAAUCUUGGGAUCCCUUACAAUCCUGGGCCCACAUACCCAGAAGAUAUUGUGGAGACAGAGGAAAAUAAUCUUGGGAUCCCUUGCAAUCCUGGGCCCACAUACCCAGAAGAUAUUGCGGAGACAGAGGAAAAUAAUCUUGGGAUCCUUUGCAAUCCUGGGCCCACAUACCCAGAAGAGUUCUACACAAUUGAAGUGAAGGAAAAUGAAAGACUUGUUUGUGAGGUGACAUGCCGCCCUGACUCCCGUGGCAGAGAUCUUCAUUCCUGUGUGAAAGAGAAGAUGAAGGUCGCAUUCAUGCUCAAAUAUGAGAACAAGGUGAUACGUUUUGAUCACAAACUCCAACACCUGUUUCUUCAGAGGAGUGUGACAGUCACCAUGGAAAGGGUUGUACCAGGCAAGAGCCUUGUUCCCUUAGAUGCAGAACAAAGGAGUACAGGCAAUUCAGACGAAGCAGAUUUUGUACCUCAAAUAGGAAGUCCAGAGUCUUCGACUUUCACAGAUUCAGAUCUUCAAGAUGACAUGUCCUCUCUCACAACCAUGGCUGGGGAUAUCCCUGUGUUGACAAGGAGAGAAGUCUAUGAGACAGAGCAACAUCACGAGGGUGGAGGUGGCGAACCCUUGAUGGCAGAGCAACGUCAAGAGGGUCGAGAACCCUUGGUGGCAGAGCAACGUCAAGAGGGUGGAGGUGGAGAACCCUUGGUGGCAGAGCAACGUCAAGAGGGUGGAGGUGGAGAACCCUUGGUGGCAGAGCAACGUCAAGAGGGUCGAGAACCCUUGGUGUCAGAGCAACGUCAAGAGGGUGGAGGUGGUGAACCCUUGGUGUCAGAGCAACGUCAAGAGGGUGGAGGUGGUGAACCCUUGGUGGCAGAGCAACUUCAAGAGGGUGGAGGUGGAGAACCCUUGGUGACAGAGCAACGUCAAGAGGGUGGAGGUGGCGAACCCUUGGUGGCAGAGCAACGUCAAGAGGGUGGAGGUGGAGAACCCUUGGUGGCAGAGCAACGUCAAGAGGGUGGAGGUGGCGAACCCUUGGUGGCAGAGCAACGUCAAGAGGGUCGAGAACCCUUGGUGGCAGAGCAACGUCAAGAGGGUGGAGGUGGUGAACCCUUGGUGUCAGAGCAACGUCAAGAGGGUGGAGGUGGUGAACCCUUGGUGGCAGAGCAACGUCAAGAGGGUGGAGGUGGAGAACCCUUGGUGACAGAGCAACGUCAAGAGGGUGGAGGUGGCGAACCCUUGGUGGCAGAGCAACGUCAAGAGGGUGGAGGUGGAGAACCCUUGGUGGCAGAGCAACGUCAAGAGGGUGGAGGUGGCGAACCCUUGGUGGCAGAGCAACGUCAAGAGGGUCGAGAACCCUUGGUGUCAGAGCAACGUCAAGAGGGUGGAGGUGGUGAACCCUUGGUGUCAGAGCAACGUCAAGAGGGUGGAGGUGGUGAACCCUUGGUGGCAGAGCAACUUCAAGAGGGUGGAGGUGGAGAACCCUUGGUGACAGAGCAACGUCAAGAGGGUGGAGGUGGCGAACCCUUGGUGGCAGAGCAACGUCAAGAGGGUGGAGGUGGAGAACCCUUGGUGGCAGAGCAACAUCAAGAGGGUGGAGGUGGCGAACCCUUGGUGGCAGAGCAACGUCAAGAGGGUGGAGGUGGAGAACCCUUGGUGACAGAGCAACGUCAAGAGGGUGGAGGUGGAGAACCCUUGGUGGCAGAGCAACGUCAAGAGGGUGGAGGUGGAGAACCCUUGGUGGCAGAGCAACGUCAAGAGGGUGGAGGUGGCGAACCCUUGGUGGCAGAGCAACGUCAAGAGGGUGGAGGUGGAGAACCCUUGGUGACAGAGCAACGUCAAGAGGGUGGAGGUGGCGAACCCUUGGUGGCAGAGCAACGUCAAGAGGGUGGAGGUGGAGAACCCUUGGUGGCAGAGCAGCAGCUGGAAGGUCAUCCUUGUAAAACAGAUGAACAGAAUGAUGGGGAUGACUCAGGUUGUGUGUCUAAUUUAGAAAUAACAGAUCUGUCCAUUUCUGACACCAGUCAAUUUAGUGAAGAUGCUUCCUCUCCUAUGAGUGAUAAGGCCUUCUGAGUCUGAGUCUCCAGUUGAAACAUCUGCUAUACCGGUAAUCUGCCAUUUAGGGACCAACCGUUCGAUAUUCUGGGGAGUGGAAGGGGGAUCUGAUUUUUAAAAAAUUCUGUUCCAGAAAACAAAUUGGAAAACAAAAUUGUACCCAGGUUUUACUGAAAAUAUUAAUUUGCUAGCUCCACCUGGUGGAUGUAAAAAAUAUAUUGUUGACCUUUAAUGUUUUGGUAAAAUGACCCGGAAAAUAUCCUAUCUCAAACAGAAGCGCAGGCUCUCCCCAGAAUAUUAAAUCAUAGGUCCCUUACAACUUGCGCAAAGAAGCUGAUAUUUUAGGUACUUGUUUUAUGUAUUACGUUUUUAUGUUUUAUGAUGACUCCUCAGUUUGUUCAAGAGGUUUGAAUCUGAUUUUCACUAUUGCCGCCACAUUCGUUCAAAUAUAUAUAAUGAAUUUGCCAAGCUUGGUCAUGGUCAUGGUCAUGUGGACAAGGCAUCUGAUCCCGGAUCAGAAGGUCCUUGGUUCGAAUCCUAUCACAUGAUUCAAUAGGAUAUGUUGAAAGGAUGACCAAUUUGUUAGAGCAUUCUAGUAUUAUCAACAAAAGUUGAUUGUCACAUAUUAGUACAUUUGAUAUAAUGAAUGUGAUUUUAGUAUGAGCAGUGAUUAAUAUUUUAUUUUAUAGGAAUGGGUGCCGUCCGUCCGUCCG